UGUCUCUCUUACAAUCUCUCUCUCUCUCUCUAAAAUGGCAUCAAGAGCCACCAUACUCGUGCUCAUUGUCUUUUCCUUCCUCUUCCUCUCUUCUAUCUCCACCGCUCUCGAAUACCAGACCUUACUUGUAACCUCUCUCCCCAAUCCACACACCCUCUCCUCAUCGACCACCCAACAAGACUCUCAAAUCCCACAACCACCCAACUCCCAGACCUCUCUCUCUCUCCAGCUCCACCACCGCGACUCUCUCUCCUCCAACUCCACUCCCGAAUCCCUCUUCCACCUCCGCCUCCAACGCGACGCCUCCAGGUCCUCCGCCAUCUUCCGCCGCGCCACCAACUUCAGCAGCUCCGUCAUCUCCGGCCUUGCCCAAGGCAGCGGCGAGUACUUCACUCGCCUAGGCAUCGGCACUCCACCCAAAUAUUCAUACAUGGUUUUGGACACUGGGAGCGACGUCGUCUGGACCCAAUGCCUUCCUUGCAACAGCUGCUACCCUCAGUCGGACCCUCGCUUCAAUCCGAAGAAAUCGGCGACUUUCGUCUUCGUCAAAUGUGGGUCUCUGCUCUGUCUCCAACUCGAUUCGCGAAGCUGCAAUCACAAAACAUGCAACUACCGGGUCGAGUACGGCGACGGAUCGUUCACCGCCGGCGAAUUAUCCACCGAAACGCUCACGUUUCGAGGGACAAGAGUGAAGAACGUCGCUCUGGGUUGCGGUCACGACAACGAGGGUUUGUUCGUCGGCGCGGCCGGUUUAUUGGGUUUAGGCCGGGGAAAGUUGUCGUUUCCGAGUCAGACCGGUCGGCGAUUCGGCCGGAAAUUCUCCUACUGCUUGGUCGACCGGUCCGCUUCGUCUCAACCGUCUUCAAUCAUGUUCGGCGAACCGGCUGUUUCUCGAACCGCCGUCUUCACUCCCUUACUCACAAAUCCUAGAAUCGACACUUUCUACUACGUCGGUCUCACCGGAAUCAGCGUCGGCGGAUCUUGGGUCAAGGGCAUCACGGCGGCGCAAUUCAAGCUCGACGCCGCCGGCAACGGCGGGGUCAUCAUUGACUCCGGCACCUCCGUGACCCGCUUGACCCAACCCGCUUACACAGCGUUCCGAAACGCUUUUAUAUCCGGAGCGUCCGAUUUGAAACGGGCACCCGGCUUCUCGCUCUUCGAUACCUGCUUCGAUCUAUCGGGGAAGUCAGAGGUUAGGGUUCCGACCGUGGUGCUUCACUUCGUCCGUGCUGACGUCUCUUUGCCGGCGGCGAAUUAUCUGAUUCCGGUGGAUAGUAAGGGAACCUUUUGCUUUGCAUUUGCGGGUACGAUGAGCGGGCUAUCCAUAAUUGGCAACAUCCAGCAGCAGGGAUUCCGGGUCGUGUACGAUUUGACGGGUUCUCGGGUCGGGUUUUCUCCGAACGGGUGUGCUUGAUUGGGUGGUGGGAAAAUUUCUUUCCCUUAAGAUUCUUUGAGGAGAAGAAAAUUAUACAUACUAGUGAAGGAGGAAACAUCUUCACGUGUUGUUUGUUGAAUUUAUGGAUUAAAUUAUUAUUGCUCUUUAAUUACAGGGCAAAGAUAAGGAUGGUGGUAGAAUUAAAUUUGUAUUAUUUUUAGCUUUUUAUUUAUAUUAUUAUGUCAUAAUUAAUGCCAUGGGUUAAAUUUACCAAACAAAAAUGUUAUACAUUUUGUUUUUGUACCCAAAAAAAAUUCAAUGAAGAAUGAUGUGAUUGAUUUGUGUUUUAUUA